AUGACGCUGGAUCUCUCUGUGUACCUUGUCACAGGUCGUGAACUCUUGCCACCAGGCAAAGACUAUUUCGUGAGUUUGGAGGAGUCUAUCAGGGAUGGUCAUGUACCUAUCGUGCAAAUUCGCGAGAAAAGUGCCUCUUUCCAGGAAUUUCUCGAUAUUGCGCGUGCGUCCCUCACCAUCUGUGAUAAGUACCAUGUGCGCAUGAUCAUCAAUGAUAGCAUCGAUGUGGCCGAGCAUCUUCCUGAGCGUGUGGGACUGCAUAUUGGGCAGGAUGACGAGAAGAUCGAGUGUGCACGCAGACGUCUAGGACCCAACCGCAUUAUAGGCUUGUCCGUGCACACUGUGGAAGAAGCGCAGGCAGCGCUGAACAGUGAUGUGAACUAUGUGGGCAUCGGUCCAUGCUGGCCGACCAAGUCUAAAGACGGUGUCAAAGAUGAUGAUGCACUCAUGCUAUGCGGUGCACGGGAUAUCGUGGCCAGCCUUCGACGCGAGUCGGCAUCCACGCCUCCCGGUAAGCACACAUCGCUUCCUAGUGUGCUCAUUGGCAGCCUGAACGCGCGCACAGCACGUAGAUCUCUGCUGGGCUCGUCCACGGAGCAUGCAAUGGCAGAUGGUAUUGCUGUCAUCUCAGCCAUCGUAUCUCGUCAAGAUCCUGAUGCUGCUGCCAAAGAACUUCACGAUAUUGUUACGAGUGCUCGCCGAGAGCAUGAAAGCAUCUUUUCUAGCAGUGCUCAACCCAAAGAACUUGUACAACAGUCACGAGAGCUUCUGACGGCUCACCAUGCACGGUACGACUGUAAUACACGCAAGCACGAUACCUCACGCGUAACUUUGCCCAGGCCCCUUGUGCAAUCUAUCACCUCGCAUGUUUCGUCGAACUUUAGUGCGAAUAUUACCCUGGCGUUUUCGGCCAGUCCCAUUAUGAGUCACGAAGCACAGGAAGCUGAAGCGCUCAGCUAUGCACAAGGCUCAUUGCUGCUAAAUCUCGGCAGUAUUUCGUCUGAGGCGCGUCGUGGUAUGAGCGUGGCUGGCCCUGCCGCGAAUGAAAGAGGCAAACCAGUCGUUUUGGAUCCCGUGGGCGCGGGCGCUACGUCAUACCGCCUUGCUACUGUGCACAGCAUUCUCAACGAAACGCAAGUCACACUCAUCAAAGGAAAUGCGGCUGAGAUAGCAGCUUUGUGUGGCUCCAAUGACGCUAAGGCUCAGGGCGUGGAUAGUGUGGGAGAGCUUCGCUCAGCUCCUGCACUCGUACGUCGUCUAGCUCGUCAAGAAGGUGCCUUUGUUUUACUCACCGGUGAGGUCGACUAUCUCACCGAUGGCGAGUGCGUCAUUGAGUCGCGAUGUGGGUCUGAAAUGCUUGGAUGCGUGACCGCUACGGGAUGCUCUCUUGGGUGCAUGGUAGCGGCUGGCUUGGCGGCUGCACAGGUCAAGUAUGGCGUUCAGCUGGGAUGCCAGACUCAACAGCGCCGCGUGCCGCCGCGCACUCAUAGUGCCUUGCUUGUGGGUGCGCUGGCUGCUCUGCUAACCUUCACCAUUGCAUCUGAGCAUGCUGCCGAGCGCCCAACGGUGCACGGCCCUGGGUCUUUUAUUCCUGCUCUCUUGGAUGAGGUGGCUGGGUUUGAUCCUACUUGUUUGCCUUCGUAUGUGGAGCGUGUGACCUUGUCUCCUGUUUCCUAG